AUCAGUUGUCAUAUCAAAAGGACAGGAGAGGAGAGUGAAAGAGAAAGACAGCUUUGGGCUCUCAGAACAGAACACGGAGGCUGAAACAUGGCAGAGGAGGUAUCAGCAACGGCUUCAGCCAUGUUCUCCAUGGAUACCUUCUUCAAAUCUAUCUUGUUGCCGUCCAGACGGAUAACACCAGAGGAGGGUGAAACCCCACUGCCAGAGGCCCUUGACACACAGGACACCAUGAAGCAGUUUCUGUCGGAUCGAAUUCUGAAGGCAGCCAGGGUGGUGUAUAGUGCCUUGAUAGAGCGUAGCCCUGGCCUGAUCAGAGACAGAAAGCAUCACCUGAAGACCUACAGACAAUGUUGUUCGGGGAAAGAGCUUGUUGAUUGGCUGAUGAAGCUAAACGAAUGCUUCCAAUCAAGGAGCCAGGCAGUUGGCAUGUGGCAAGUCCUGGUGGAUGAAGGAAUCAUUGUAAAUGUGAAGCAGGAGUUAAACUUCCAUGACAAAGACACUCAAUUUUACCGCUUCCUGGAUUUGGAGUUCGGACUGAACCACAUGACCAAUGAGAAACUCUCACUGAACCACAUGACCAAUGAGAAGGACCAAUUAGACGAUGAGCUGCAGGAGGGUUUGUCGUUAUUACUGCAGAUUGGUCCAGAUGCUCUUUUGACCAUGAUUUUACGUAAAUGCCCCAGCCAGCGUAGUGCGGAGGACCUGGAGGUGAUCUAUGAGGAGCUGCUUCAUGUCAAGGCUGCUGCUCACCUCUCCACCUCAGUCCGUAAGGAGUUGGCAGCAGUGCUGAUGUUUGAGUCCCAUGCCAAGGCAGGCACAGUCUUGUUCAGUCAGGGAGACAAAGGCACUUCCUGGUACAUCAUCUGGAAGGGCUCUGUCAAUGUCAUCACACAUGGAAAGGGUCUGGUGACGACGCUACAUGAGGGAGAAGACUUUGGGCAGCUGGCCCUGGUGAACGAGCCCAGAGCAGCCACCAUCAUCCUGAGAGAGGACAACUGCCACUUCUACGAGUUGACAAACAGGACUUAUAACAUUGUGUUUCAGGAUGUGGAAGCUAACACCAUGCGUCUGGAGGAACAUGGUAAAGCUGUGCUGGUGCUGGAGAAGGCUGAGUCAACCAAUCCUGGAGGGGCAGGAAACAGCAGCAAGUAUACAGUGAUGGCUGGAACUCCAGAGAAGAUCCUAGAACACCUGCUUGAGACAGUGAAGCUGGAUACUAAUGGCAGUGAUGCUAUAGAUCCCUGUGUGAGCGACUUCCUGCUAACCCACAGGGUCUUCAUGCCUUCCAGCCAGCUUUGCCCGGCCCUGCAACACCACUACCAUGCCGAGCCUUCUGAGGGCUCAGAUCUGGAGAAGGCAGCCUAUGCCCUCAACACCAAGCAGAAGAUAGUGAAGUUGAUUUGCCAGUGGGUGGCGCUGUUCGGCCAGCUGCUCAAAGAUGACCCCAUCGCUGUAGACUUCCUGGAGAGGCUGGGGGAGGAGGUGGCAGGUGACUCCCGUCUGUCCAGUAUGCUGAGGGAGCAGCUCAGAGACAGGAGGAGAACCAGAGUGCUUGAGAAUGAACUCGGGUCACUGACAAGACUUAACCAUCAGUUUGACUGGUUUUCCAGUUGUGAGGAGCCAGUGGGGAAGUGUCUGCCAAUCAGAUCAAAGGACAAAGUAUUGUAUGAGAUCUUCCGGCCAGACCAUACGUCAAUCACUCUGAUGCUGCCGGUGAACACCUCUGUUCAGGAAAUGAUGUCAUCGCUGGUAAACCCAGGAGGAGACCACGCCCUGGUCAAAAUGAACUCCAUGGGAGACAGGGCUCAGCUGAAGCUGGACGCCACAGCAGUCUACACCUCCCUGGGGCUGAAUGAGAGACUGUUCCUCUGCACUGCCAGCCAGGUGGAACAACUGAUGCCCCUGAAGGAGCAGCAGGGCCCUGAUCAGAGCACCAUUGACACUUUGGAGCAGAUGUGUUCCAAGGACAUCGCCAGCCAGCUCACCAACUACGACUGGGAACUGUUUACUGCCAUGCAUGAGGUGGAACUAGUGUACUAUAUAUUUGGGCGACAUAAAUUCCCAGGCGCCACCACAGCUAACCUGGAGCGUUUUGUGCAUCGCUUCAACGAGGUGCAGUACUGGGUGGUGACGGAGGUGUGUCUGUGUGCUGACCUGAUGAAGAGAGCCAUGCUGCUGAAGAAGUUCAUCAAGAUGGCCGCCAUGUUGAAGGAGCAGAAAAAUCUCAAUUCGUUCUUUGCUGUGAUGUUUGGUCUAAGCAACAGUGCUGUACAGAGACUUUACAAGACCUGGGAGAGAGUGCCGAGUAAGACGAAAAGGGUCUAUUGUGCCUACGAGAGGUUAAUGGAUCCAUCACGUAACCACAGAGCCUACAGACUGGCUGUGGCAAAGCUCAGUCCUCCCUACAUCCCCUUCAUGCCUCUGCUACUAAAAGACAUGACUUUCAUCCACGAGGGAAACAAGAACUACACGGAAAAACUGGUCAAUUUUGAGAAAAUGCGCAUGAUUGCCAAGACAGUGAAGAUCGUUCGAGGGUGCAGAAGCACACCUUACGUGCCUUCCUCACCCCAGAAGGGACUCGCAGACAGAAUGUUUCUGGAGGCGCCUUCCAUUCGGCUGUCUACAUAUUCGGAGCAGUCCCUCCCUCUCCGGAAUCCUAGCAACAUCCGCCACUAUGUUCAGAACUUUGAAGUGAUCGACAACCAGCGCAAACUGACACAACUGUCCAGGGGAAUGGAGCGCUGAGAGCUGAACCAGACCAGUGUAUAAGGACUGUAUCUACAUAGCUUUGUGUAUAAAGACUGUCUAAAGACUGUGUAUAAAGACUGUCUAUAAGACAGCCUGUGAAUAAGAGGUUGGCAGGGGAAUACACACACCUCCAUGGUCAUACUAAUCCACAUGCAAGCUCUUCUAUAGACUCGUGUGCAUGUCUGGUGUCAAGAAUGGAGGACUGUGGAUGUUUCUGGCCUGUUCAGUAUCACACAGAGCACAUUCAAGAGAAGCAGCUGUUUGGACUGCUAAUCAAGUGACUAGGACCUGAGGAGGGAUCAGACUGGCAGUAUCUAGUGACCCCUAGUGCCUUACCAGAGAUAUUGCUGGUCCUGUGACUGCUGUUUCUGAUAGUUUUGCGUGCUGUGAUGCAACACUACACUCCGGAGGAAGAAGUGCAUAUAUUUGGCAUUAGCCGUUAUUUAUACGAUCAUAUGUAUAGCAGACUACUUGUAUGAUAAUCUUAUGGUUUCACAAGUGCCAUAUACGGGUUGGGGCAAACGAGACGGUGUUGGCUUAGAUUGUUGACAACAUGUAAACUAUAUUUAGUCUCCAAUGUUUUUUGAAAACAAAUACAUUUGCACAAU